AUGAUCAGGCAUCAUUUCCGCGUUUUCUUUCAAGAUGGCUAUAUUAUGAUCCCCGACCCUCUGCCUCCCAGAACUCUUAAAACCAAUUCUGGACAGGACAUUCUCAAGCAUCCGAUAUUUAUCGUGAGGUGCUUCUUUCUUAUAGGCUCAUCUUUGGACACAAUAAAAGUUCGUGGAAGGCCUGGAGGAACUUCUACAAAGCACAGAAUGUUCCUCCAGGUAUUGAGGAUCCUCUCUUGCGGAGGCUGUGUGGGAAAGACUGCCGCUACGAAACAACUUACGAGGAGAUCAAAGCACCGGAUGUAG